CCCCUCGGCGCGGCGAUGCGGUCGAGCCGGCAGCGUGGAGAUCGGAGCGCGGUGGCCGGCGGCGGGUGUGGGGCGCGGCGGUGGGCGCUCUCGCGCUGCGGUGCGCUCUGCCUGCUGCUCGCCCUCGGCUGCCUGCUGACUGCCACCGACGGUGCAAAAACAAAAUGUGAGGAAUCCCAGUUCCCCUGUAGUAAUGGACGCUGUAUUCCUUUACUCUGGAAAUGUGAUGGUGAUGAAGACUGUUCAGAUGGCAGUGAUGAAAGUGCUUGUGUGAAGAAGACUUGUGCUGAAUCUGACUUUGUGUGUAACAGUGGUCAGUGUGUGCCAAACAGAUGGCAGUGUGAUGGGGAUCCAGACUGUGAGGAUGGGUCUGACGAGAGUGCUGAACUGUGCCAUAUGAGAACAUGCCGGGUAAAUGAAAUCAGCUGUGGUCCUCAGUCAACCCAAUGUAUCCCAGUGUCCUGGAAAUGUGAUGGUGAAAAAGACUGUGACAGUGGAGAAGAUGAAGAGAAUUGUGGCAACGUGACUUGUAGUGCAGCAGAGUUCACAUGCAGUAGUGGACAGUGUAUUUCCAAGAGCUUUGUCUGCAAUGGUCAAGAUGACUGCAGUGAUGGUAGUGAUGAGUUGGAGUGUGCACCUCCAACAUGUGGUGUUCAUGAGUUCCAGUGCAAGAGCUCAACUUGCAUCCCUAUCAGCUGGGUGUGUGAUGAUGAUGCUGACUGCUCUGACCACUCUGAUGAGUCUUUGGAGCAAUGUGGCCGACAGCCUGCACCUCCUGUGAAGUGCUCUACCAGUGAGGUGCAGUGUGGCUCGGGUGAAUGUAUCCACAAGAAGUGGCGCUGUGAUGGAGAUCCUGACUGCAAAGAUGGAAGUGAUGAAAUCAACUGCCCUUCUCGGACCUGCAGACCAGACCAGUUCAGGUGUGAAGAUGGGAACUGCAUCCAUGGGAGUAGGCAGUGCAAUGGUGUGAGAGACUGUCUGGAUGGCACUGAUGAAGCAAACUGUAACAAUGUUAUUCAGUGUUCUGGACCUGGCAAAUUCAAGUGCAGAAGCGGAGAAUGCAUAGAUAUUAAUAAAGUGUGUAACCGUCAGGGAGACUGCAAGGACUGGAGUGAUGAGCCUCUCAAGGAAUGUAACAUAAAUGAAUGUUUAGUCAACAAUGGUGGAUGCUCUCACAUCUGCAGAGAUCUUGUUAUUGGCUAUGAAUGUGACUGUCCAGCUGGGUUUGAGCUUGUAGACAGGAGAACCUGUGGAGAUAUUGAUGAAUGCCAGAAUCCUGGUAUCUGUAGCCAAAUCUGUAUCAACCUGAAAGGGGGUUACAAGUGUGAAUGUAGCCGUGGCUAUCAGAUGGAUCUUGCUACAGGAGUGUGCAAGGCUGUGGGGAAAGAACCAUGUCUAAUUUUCACCAACCGACGGGAUAUCAGGAAGAUUGGCCUUGAGAGAAAAGAAUACAUUCAACUAGUAGAGCAGCUAAGAAACACAGUUGCUCUAGAUGCUGAUAUUGCUGAGCAAAAGCUUUUUUGGGCUGACUUCAGCCAAAAAGCAAUUUUCAGUGCUUCUAUUGAUACCCGUGAUAAAGUUGGUACACACACUAGAAUCCUAGACAACAUAUACAGCCCUGCAGGAAUUGCUGUUGACUGGAUUUAUAAGAAUAUCUACUGGACUGAUUCAUCUGCAAAGACCAUUUCAGUGGCAAGCCUGAAUGGCAAGAAAAGAAAGGUUUUAUUUCUUUCUGAGCUGAGAGAGCCAGCUUCUAUUGCUGUGGAUCCUCUGUCUGGCUUUAUGUACUGGUCAGACUGGGGUGAACCAGCAAAAAUUGAAAAAGCCGGAAUGAAUGGAUUUGACAGACAGCAGCUUGUGACAACAGAAAUCCAGUGGCCUAAUGGAAUUGCUCUAGAUCUUGUAAAAAGCCGUCUGUAUUGGCUUGAUUCUAAGCUACAUAUGCUGUCAAGUGUGGAUCUGAAUGGCCAGGAUCGUAGACUUGUGCUGAAGUCUCAUAUGUUCCUUCCUCAUCCUCUUGCUCUAACAAUAUUUGAGGAUCGUGUAUUCUGGAUUGAUGGAGAGAAUGAGGCAGUCUAUGGUGCCAACAAAUUUACUGGAGCUGAAUUGGUCACCCUAGUAAACAACCUCAAUGAUGCGCAGGACAUCAUUGUUUAUCAUGAACUUGUUCAGCCUUCAGGCAGGAACUGGUGUGAAGAGAACAUGGUAAAUGGAGGCUGUAGCUACCUGUGCCUGCCUGCUCCUCAGAUAAAUGAACACUCUCCGAAGUAUACUUGUGCAUGUCCAUCUGGAUAUGUCUUGCAGGAGGACGGUCUGAGAUGUGAAGUUUCAGGUACUGGAACAACUGUGGCUUACACUGAGACUAAAGAUACCAGCACAACUGAAAAAUCUCCAACUGUUGGACUAGUUCCUGGAGGUUUCAACAUCAGUAGUGUGGUGUCUGAAGUAGCUGCAAGAGGAGCAGCAGGAGCGUGGGCUGUUCUUCCUAUCUUAUUGCUGGCGAUGGCUGCAGUGGCUGGCUACUUCAUGUGGCGUAAUUGGCAGCACAAGAACAUGAAAAGCAUGAAUUUUGAUAAUCCCGUCUAUCUGAAAACUACAGAAGAGGAUCUCACAAUUGAUAUUGGCAGACAUGGUGGUUCAGUUGGACACACCUACCCUGCAAUAUCUGUUGUAAGCACAGAUGAUGAUAUGCUGUGAGCACUGGAUCAGUAAUCACUUUCAGUUUACUUUGUGUUUUACACUUACGGGGAUGAUAAACAUGCUUGUGGCUGAAAGACUUCCUCCGUUCUUUGGAAGAAUGAAGAAACUUUCUCUGUGUAUGGAACACUUACAUAAUUUGCUGUUUUAUACAGCUUAACAACCAACUCUGUAAAUACCUGUCCACAACAAUUCAGCUUUUAGUGGUUACUGUUUUAUCAGUAACCCUUGAAUUGGUCAGUCAGUAACACCACUGGCCAAAUACAAAGCACUUUCCAUAGAAAGCCAUAUUCCAGCCACAACUUGUGCUAUAGUAUAACAGCUGUACAUAUGUGUAUAUGCCACUUGUAAAUAUUUCUGGAAAAUCACUAUCAAGCACUUUGAAAUACUUAAAAUGUAAAUUAUUGUACACUGUCUUUUUCAAUGGUUGGGGCAAUGGCAAUAGGAAAAAACGGGUUACUAUGAUUGCCAAAAAUUUGUAAGCAUAAGUAAUUUUGUAUGUAUGACUGAAACAACCUUGUCUCAUACCUCUUAGAGCUCUACAGGUAUGAAUGCUCUUUGGGGAAACCACUGUAAAUCUGAAAUUCAGAGAAGGGGGAGAAAAUAAAAAAAAACAAAACCAAAAACUAA